GACAAAGCAGUUCCAAUUCCAGAGAAAAUGAAUGAAUGGGCUCCUCGACCUCCUCCAGAAUUUGUCCGAGAUGUCAUGGCAAAAACUGGAUGCAGAGUUUCAGAAGAGACUGGAAAAGAAUAAGAUCGCUGCAGAGGAGCAGACUGCAAAGCGCCGGAAGAAGCGGCAGAAGUUAAAAGAGAAGAAGUUACUGGCAAAGAAGAUGAAACUUGAGCAGAAGAAACAGAAGGAAGAACCCAGUCAGUGCCAGGAACAGCAAACCAGCAGUUCUGAGGAGGCAUCUGGAGCAGAGGAGGAGGAAGAAGAGCCCAGCGUCGUCAUCAUGGGGCGAUGAGUUUGAGCAGUUGUGAGCCCAGCUCAUUCUGUGACCAGCCUCAGAAAAGAAAAGGCUGUAUGUGACCCAGCUGCCAGACUGGCUUUGUUGGGAGAAGGCAGGAGCCUCCUGGAGCCCUGCCUGCCUGCCUGGGGAGCAGAGGGAGGGAGCGUCCCUUAGACAUUUGCAGACAUUGCCUACUGUAUCCUGCCCUGCUCUUGCUGAAGGGGAGUAAGUGCCUCACCUUCGCCUGGCGCCUGUUCCCUUCUGCUUGAACAGCAGUGAGCUCUGGGCUGGUCUCUGUGAAGAGAAUAUUUAUUUAGUAAAGAGCAGAAAACCUAUAGGUCUUGUCCAUACGUGCAAGAUGUGGAUUACCAAAGCCUCAGUGAAGCCAUGAGAUGACAGAGAUUUGGCAGAUCAUCUUGUGCAGACCUUCUUCUAGACCUACUCCCCAGGCACAUGGGCUUGGCUCUUCAGGUGCACAGCCCUGUUGUUUAUGAAGCGGUUGGAUCGGAAGCCAAAGAUCAGUGCCCACCCAGCAGUUCCUAAAACAAGUAUGAGCCAGACGGGGCCUUCAGUAAGGGCAGGAGAGAAGGUCCAGGAAAACCGAGUGUCCCAGAGAACUGGAAGACAGAGACACAUACCGGCCAAAAGCCUUCCUCUGUCCUAGACAGCCCAGGGACCAGAGAGGGUAGAACUCUUAGGUAUCAAAAGUCUUCCUGUCGGGUUGGGGAUUUAGCUCAGUGGUAGAGUGCUUGCCUAGCGAGCGCAAGGCCCUGGGUUCGGUCCCCAGCUCCGGAAAAAAAAGAAAAGGAAAAAAAAAAAAGUCUUCCUGUCACCAGGAUUUGGAGGCAGCCAGUCCUACCACUGAGUGUCCUCGAGUGACUGGUUCAAACCUGCUGUGUGUACUGGCAAGCAGCACCCACAGGGUAUGGAGGACCAGGCAUCCUGCCAGGGAGGAGAGCGGUGGCCCAGGACUGCCUGCGUCCUCAGGCCAUCGGGGCAGCAGGCAGUUUCUGGUUUUGGGGUCUGGAAUAUCUCCAGCUUCCGAGUGUGCUGUGCGCCUUUUAUGGGUGUUGGUAGCAUUUUGAAUGAACGGAAAGUAGAAUAUCUUCUACUUUUUAAGUUUGUUGUUGUUUCUCAACAGCUCAUUUGUUUACAGUGUAUUGGGACCGUGUUUACUCACGUUCUCUUACCACCACCACCCCCAGCUGGGCCCCUUUUCCCCACAGAUCCCCCUCCUGCUCUCCCGCUGAGUUUCUCUAGGUUUGCUGAAUGAGCUGGAGUGGUGAAAUGUGGGAACCUCCCACAGGAGAAGGUGAAUCCCUCUCCUUUUACUUCCGUAGCACAGAUUCCAUGGUCCCGUUCUGAGCCAUGUGACAUCUGUGCAAGCCUCUGUCCCUUUAGCAGUUUGAGUCACAUGAGAUGUUCACGUCUGUUAGGACUGGUGUUGUGCUUAUGUGAUUGUUUUUAGUUCUCCCUUUACCCAUCUGUGUUAUGGGUCUUGCUCUGAACCUGCAGCCUAGACCUCUCAGGCUUUGCUCCUGUGGGAUGAGGGCUGCCGAGCAGCAGGGCUGGGCCUAAAAGCCUUACCCUCUGCUGCCUCAGAGCUUGGGACAAGUCCAUUCCUGCCUCUGCUGGUUUGCCUGGCCCAGAACUGCACUCAGCACAUGUGUCCAGCAGCUUGGGAAUGACUAAACCGAAGGACUCCAGGCUGACUGCUGACGUCGAGGAGGAAGCAUCUGGGGGAGAAGCUUCUGGCUAAGGGGUUAUCAGUCCUCUAGGUUAGCUGACUCUGGGUCUGUCUUCAGACUGUUAAUUUGCUUAGGGAAAUGGAGCAAUUAGGUAGCGUCACUGAGGCGGGUGGGUGAUGUGCCAGCCACCCCAAAGCCACAGAGAGGAGGACCACGCAGUUAGGUGUUUGUAGGGCUCAUGGGUAGAGAGAAUCCUGGCAGCAAACUCCAGGCCCUCGAUAGCAUAGCUGUCUGAGGAAGCCUCAGAGUAUGGCCUUCACACCCCAAACAUAGCCAGUCUCUCCUGACCUCAGAAGCUGAGCACUCUUGUCCUGGGCUCCUUAGGAGGCACAAAUGUCUUUGAGGGUCCUGAUUCACCCUUUUCAUUCACUCUCAACAGCCCUGUCCUAAGCACUUUGUUUGACACCCUGGUCUAAAUGUAGAAUGUUCUUUACCCUUCUGUUAGAUCUUUCAUGGGGUUUCCCAAAUAAGGUUUCUGUUGUUAUAGAUAGUGGUGCUGGGGUUGAACCAGCCACUGUGACUAGGACCAUCAUGGGUGUGCUGUCCUGGGGAGAGCUGCUGGUAGCCUCACUUCAGCAGGAGAGGGUGCCUGGUACUGUCCAGGCUGAAGACGUGUGUGUGUGUGUGUGUGUGUGUGUGUGUGUGUGUGUGUGUGUGUGUGUGUGUGUGCGCGCGCGCGCGCGCGCGCGCACGUGCAUAUGUAUGUGGGCUUUUGUUUGUGUGACGCUGUGUGGUGAUGAACAUGUGCAUACAUUCCAGAGGCCAAAGGGCAUCACUGUCAUGCUCCACAUUACUCCCUAAAGAUGGGGUCUCAGCCUGGAAUGAGUGGUGGCAGGCCCUGGCAAUUCUCUUCUCUGACCCCCACAGCACUACGGUUAUGGGUAUGCAUAACCAGCUUUUUAGUGGGUGCUGGGGACUUGAACUCAUGUCUUCAUACUUCAUAUUCACUCUUACACAAUAGGCCAUCUCCUCAGUCCUUGUAUAAACUAUAGUAAGGAGCUGGAGAGGUGGCUCAGCAGUUAAGAGCAUUUACUGCUCUUUCAGAGGACCCAUGUUUAGUCCUCAGCACCCAUAUAACAGCUUAGAACCACCCAUUACAUUAACCCCAGGACCUGGCACCCUCUUUUAACCUCCAUUGGCACUAAGCAUGCAUGUGGUGUACAGACGUACAGACAGGCAGGCAGACAAAACACAAAAUCUACUAGAGCUGAUCCCCAUUUAUGCAUGGAGUCCAUAUUGUAAAUUGCCUACUCAUUAAAAUUGGUGUGUAGCCCACAAAUCCAUGCUUGCACACAUGUCAAAAAGUCUUAGUGGCCUGUCGACACAUUCCCAGCUAAGGCUGAGAAGUCAACCCCACUUCUGGUUUUAGUUCAUAUUCUCUGUGUCCUUCCCAUGGUCUGUCUAGUGCCCAGUGUUCUGUGGCUUUUGGGUCUGUUGGCAGAGUUGCUGUUUAAAAGGUCUCUCCGGGCAUUGUGCUAGGAUACCUCAGAGCAGGAAGUCUGAGGCAUGACUAGUGGAGGAAGUAUAUUUGAUCAGCUUCCUGCAGCAUGCAGUAUGGCCGCACUGCUGUCUGAGCCUCGUGCUCAUGAGUCAGUGGGGAAAGGUAAAUGGCUCAGCUGGUAAUGGCUCUGCUCAGCGUGCCACUCUGAUCCCUGGAACCCAUGUGACAGAAGGAGAAAACUAACUCCCAAAAGUUGUCCUCUGACUUCCACACAUGCAAAUAAAUAAAGUAAAUGUAAUUAUA